AUGAGCAGUACUAAUCGUGCUUUUCGUAUGAAACAGGUUCAGAGUCCAAGGCUGUUUUCUGAUCAACCACUAAAAACAUUGCCGGAUGAAAGAACAACUACGGUUUUCAAUCAAUCUCGAAAAAUGGAAUCGCUAUCUAGUUAUGAUAAUGUUAACUAUAUUCACUUAUGAACAAAGGCUCUUGAGAAUAGACUCUAUUACAUUGAGCAGUUAGCAGAAUCAUUGAAGCCCAGCACUUCAAUCGAAUAGACUAGAAUUCUAAAUAGUUUGCAAGAGAUUGCCAAAACACUCAAGAGCAUUUCCAAAACUGAAAUUGAAUUAAACUAAAAAAACAAACAACUCGACCAUGUGACCAUGGAGAGUGUGAUGUAGAAAUAGACAAUACAAAAAUUAAAAGACCAAUAAGUAUAUUAGUAAGUAAGCAAAUUUAGAAUCAUUAUAAAAUGGACAAUGAGGGAUACCUAAAACAAUUAACUCUCUCUCAACAGGAUUAACAUAAACUAUGCAGAGAUUUAUUGCAAUAGAAAAAAUUGGUGGAAGAGUAGUAUAAGAAAAUCAAAUUCCUAGAGAAGAGAAUAGAGAUGAUGUUGGAGAAAAAUCUAUAUGUAAUUCAAAUACACUAAAUAGUCUCAUUCUGAAGAACUCAGGAACACAUUGUCAGAGUUGAUCAGAGACAACGAGUAACUCAAAAGGGACUUAGUCAAAAAAGAGAAAGAAAAUGAAAGACUAAAAGAUUUAAAUUCAAAACUACUUUAAUAAAAUAAUAGAUUGACAAAAAAAUUAGAUUCCUUGAAAACCAAGAAAGUUGGUGUGAAAGAUAUUGUAACCGAAAACCAAUAGAUAAUAAACUAUGCCUUCAAUCCAAAUUCAUUACCAAGUAAUCUAGAAUUUAGAUUGAAUGAUCUUGAUAACGAUGAUUGUGAUUUCUUGUUAGAUCUAAUAGAACAUGGACCAGAAGUCUUUACAAACUAGGUUGUCACACUUGAUUCCACACAACAAAAAAAGGAUCUCAUUAACCUGGUUGCAUGUAUCUUAUAUUGUAAAUUCAAUUAGCUCAAUUUAUAAGUGCAAGAGAUUUCUCAGAAAAAAUUAAUUAAAUUAUGAAUGAAUUUAUAACUAUGAUCAGUUACAAGAAUAUUCAAGAUUUUUAAAUUCAUGUAAGCAAAGCAUUUCGACCCAUCUUUGGAACUGAAAUUGUGCAUUUAUGGAUUAUAGAUGGAAUGACAUGUAGAGCUCAAACUUAUGAUUGCAAUGGAGUUUAACAUGUUGCUUUGUUAACAGAUGGAAUUUUUAGCUAAUUAGUAUUUGAAGAUUAUGGUAUACGUAGCCCAUCAAAAAAAUAGGAAUUGCUAUACAUAACAGAAAACAAUGAAGUCUUUGGAAAGAACUUUCUCUUACUUCCAAUUAUGGGAAACAGCUCAAAACCAUGUGGAAUAUUAGAAGUAUACUAUAUCUAUAUUUUUAGAUACAAAAUAUUUAAGAGAACUUAUUUUUAGAUUCUCAAUAUUAUGGAUUAUUAAUAAAUAUGCUCAGUAAAUCAGUAGUUUAAAGUAUCUUGGAUUUUGAGGCUUUGGUAAAGGAAUUAAAUUACAGAGAUCUGUUUUAUAGAUGUUUUAAUAGAUUGAUCUAAUGUAAGGAUAGGGAACAUUUUUGUUCAGCAUUAUAAGAAUCUGCAAUGCAAAUAUUCUAAAUUGCAUAAACUAAACUCUUAUUUAUAGAGAAUAAUCAAUUUUGGAUUUCAGGCAGAACUUAUCAAUUAUAGGCUGGUUGUGCUUAUCAAAUCUAUUUAAAAGGUAAGUCCCAAAUCUUUACUCAAAUUACAAGACAAGAUCAUUUUGAUGAAAAUACAGAUAUAUCCUCGAUAUUACCUGUGUUUUUUGCGCCUAUUUACUUGAAUGACAAAGUUGCAGCCAUCUUACAAUUUAUUCUAAAGAAGAAGUAAAUGAUUGACAAACAUCCAUUUGGAAAUUAAGCUAAUAUUGGAUUUAGAUUAGACACAAUUGAUUAAGACGCUCAAAAGUUUUAUGAAAUAGUAUAGAAUGCCUUUUAGAUUGUAUUUAAAUGA